UAGUAUCCUAGAAGUGAAUUUUGCAGAGCAGUAUUUGGCAAUACGUAAUGUAAAUAUACCGCUCCGUCCGAAGUUCGCGAUUUGAAUUUGACCCCUUGGUUGUGGGCCUCUGGGGCCUACAGAGCAAAUAAAACGAAGUAAUUGACCAAGGGGUUCCUUUAAUCGACUUAAACUAUUUAGAUGUUUCCACUUGAAGUAUUAUUUGCGGCUUCAUAACUGAGUUGUUAUGCCGUACUAUAAUAGUUAUUCACUUUUGCUUUCUUUUUCAUUUCCUUUGUUUCAAAAAUUUUCAUGGAUGAAACAGAAGGUGACGGAUAUCGUCCAUGUAAGUUUAGUUUAGAUUCAGACGAAGAAAGCAAUGAAAACUACUCUCAACAUGCUUGGCAUCCCGAGGGUGCACAUGGCGGGGCAAAUUCAUCAUGUAAUUUUAAUGCACUCUCGGAUGAGGAUUAUUAUAGAACUCAAAGGGAACCUAUAGAUAGCUGGUUAAAUGAGGAUAACGGACCAGUAGCAUUUUAUCGUUUUGAUUCUAAAGAAAUACGAUGUACUACUCCAAAGAAACGAGUGAAAAUGAUCGGGAAGUAUGUGAUGGGAGAUGUCCUAGGGGAAGGGUCUUAUGGCAAAGUAAAAGAAGCUUUAGACUCUACUUCACUUUGCCGUAGAGCCGUGAAAAUAUUGAAAAAAAGAAAGCUGCGAAAAAUUCCGAAUGGAGAAAGAAAUGUUGAUAGAGAAAUAUCUCUUCUAAGAAGAUUGCGUCACAAGAAUGUAAUUGAAUUAAUUGAAGUUAUGUUUAAUGAAGAGAAACAAAAACUGUACUUAAUAUUUGAAUAUUGUGUGUCUGUUUUACAAGAGCUUUUGGAUUCAUCUCCUGAAAAAAAAUUUCCUAUUUGGCAAUCUCAUGGUUACUUCUGCCAGCUUCUGGAUGGUCUAGAAUAUCUACAUGGAAAAGGUGUUGUACAUAAGGAUAUUAAGCCUGGAAACUUGUUGCUUGCCAACUGUGGAACUUUGAAAAUAUCAGAUUUAGGAGUUGCUGAAGCAUUGGAUUAUUUUGCUCCUGAUGAUACUUGUCAUACUAGUCAAGGAUCACCAGCAUUCCAGCCUCCUGAAAUUGCAAAUGGUGCUGAAAAGUUUUCUGGUUUUAAAGUAGAUAUUUGGUCUUCAGGGGUAACUUUAUUCAAUAUUACAACUGGAAAGUAUCCCUUUGAAGGGGACAGCAUUUACAAAUUGUAUGAAAACAUAGCUGAAUGUGAUGUGAUCAUUCCAAAAGAAUUAGAAUCAUCCCUACAAGAUUUGCUUCAAGGUAUGUUACAAAAGGAACCUGCAUCCAGAAUGAGUCUUAAUGAAGUUAAAAUUCAUAAUUGGGUUAAGCGACCUCCUCCUGUACUAUCAAAAGAUGUUCCUAUACCUACCAGAUCUGACAGAGAUGUUUACAGAAAUACAACAGUGCUUCCUUAUUUAAAAGUAUUGCAUUGUGGUGAAGAAGAACAAGAUACUGAAGAUGAUGAAGAUAUUUUUUAUAGAGUUAUUCCAUGUGCUCCUCGAAAUAUUUCUGCUGAAAAUACUCCGUGUGAAAGUGAAGAAUAUAUUGAAGAAAAUGAAAAUAAGGAAAUUAGUUGUAUUAAUUUAAAAGCCAGUAGUGUCUGUAAACAGUCUUGACUCUUUUAUGGUGAAUUCUUAAAGUAAUUGUUUCGAGAAGCACUAUCUUGAUUAAUAUUCGUACAAAUUUUUAAUAAAAGUAGUCAAGCUUAGCAGAUUAAUCAAAAAGUAUACUCGUGAUCUUUUUUAUAAAAAUAUAUCGUUGUUUGUUGUCAAAAAUAACUAUAUGACCGUUAGAUAGAUAUAUCCUUUUUGUUUUACUUGUAUAUAUUUUAGUUUCUUUUAACUUCAAUUUUAUGUGGAUUGUCUUAUUCAUUGCUUUCAAUUUAUGCUGAAUCUGUUAAUUUAAAUAUUUUUGAUCAAAACUUUGUUUAAAACUCACAGCACGACUAUUUUAUUGUAUUUAUCCACUUAUUAUUUUUGGCUUGUAGAUUACUCUGAAAGAAACAUACCUUUGCUUUGCUGGCUAAUUUUUAAAAAAAGUCAUACUACGAUUUCUAAUUUUUAAUCGUCCCAAAAUCAAUCUAAUGUUGAGGUAUAGUUAACUGCUUGACUUUUGUGAAUGACAUUACUUUGUUUUAACUGAACCUAGUAAUAUUAAAUGGAAUAUUAUGUGCUGAAUAUUUGAGAAUAAAAAAUGUUAUUUGUUGCGGAGUUGUAAGAAAGGAAGAAUUAUUUCCUAACUGGAGCUUAGUACAAUCAUUAAUUAUAUGGAUUUUUUUAAAUUCCUUUAUUUGCUGUGUACAAGUGCAAAUUUUUCACAGUUUAUUUGCGAGUUUUGUCAGUUGAAGUAUUUCUUUUUCAAUUAUCAAUAUUUUCCUAUGAAAUUUAAAAUUAUUUUUUACAUUUUAGUAGCUUCUGUUGUAUGAAUUUUGGGUGUUACAUGCAUGUCAGAAUUAUAUUUAAUUGCAGCAUAUGACUAAAAUAGUUACUUCGAAAUUUGAAGUAUCUUUAUAGCAAGUUUGAAAUGAUCAUAAGGCAGCAUAUAUAUGAAAUAAAUAUGCAAUUAUUUUAUAUGAAUGAUUGAAUUUACUACUUGUUUAAUCACUGUAUAUUCCUAGAGUGAGUAUAUUGUAUUAGUUGUUGCUACAAUCGCUUUUACAUUUCUUUUGUUUCCUUUGAAAUGUUUAUAUUCCUCUUAAUUUUUUUUUGUUGAUAUUUAUGAUAAAAGAAAUCUUAAUAAAAUUAAACAAAAUGUUUAAUUUAAUCAUUGAAUUAUAAUAUUUUGUUUUGUAUGGUGUCUUGUUAUUUUAGUGAAAUUUUGAGGAAUUAUUUUAAUCCAGUACUAUAUGUAAUGAAAAUUAUUUUCUUCUGUAUAAUACAUAAGAUGCCCUUAUUUUUUAUUAACAAAAUUAUCAUUUUAAUUAUUAAUUGAUAUAAUACUAAUUCUUCACAAUAUCUCAAGAUUUUGUAUUACAUUUAUUGAAAAUAUUUUCCCCCACUUUCAGUAUUCAUUUAAUAUAUUAGUGGUGAUUUGCAUGGAUGAAAAACAAAUACAUAUAUUUUGGAAUAUAACAAUGCAUUACAUUCAGUGUCAUUAAUUUUUGUUUCAGUUCAUAUAACUUGACUAAACCUUUCA